AGGGGGAGGUGUCGGGGGCGGUGGCCCUCCGAAGAGGCUCAUGGCCUCGCUGUCGUCGAUGUCGCCUGUAGAGGAGGCUUUUACGAGCGGGGAUACCUGGGUGUUUGAGUCCAUUGCUGCUGAAUAUGAGGCAGGGGCUCCGUGCAGCUAGCUAAAUGCGGCGUAAUAUCUCGCGCAUUCACAGCAGAACUGUGCUGGAAGAGCUUAUUGAACGUCAUGUCACAUUCAUGAUAUUCUCGAGUUUUCGACACCCGGUUUUGGUAAAUAGAAGUUGAAGUGGAUCAGCUCAAAAUACACCAAGCAGAAAUACCCCAAAGUGAAGGAAGCACUAGCGUCGUCGGGAUACGACAAGCACCACUGCGUUCUCAGCUACGUGAUGGACGUGCUAUUGGAUCGGCUGUGGGAACUUGCGAAUGAAGACGAUGCCCCGAACCGUAGUGAGCGAGUGACGGAGGCACAGGCGUUGUGGCGAGCAUUGGAGGUUUUGUUGUCGUCGCUGAAACCUCAGGAAUUGACUGUCGGAGAAGGGAUUUUCACGAAAACACUAGCGUGUAUUCGAUCUGUGCUGAGUGAUCCAAGUUACUGGAUAGUUAUUCCACCUGUAAAUGACAAUAGCGACGAUAGCUUCGUGACGGUGUUCGUGUGUGUGAAUCGCGUGCUACUCAAGAUCGGGAGCCGGGGAGAGCAGGAGCGCACAGCUCUGGUUCGAGAUGGCAUUGCAGACUUGAUCGUUCGAUGCGGUGAAUCUACCGAGCCGUCCUCAAUGUUAUCACCCUUUGAGGCGGCUGCUGCGUUGCAAACUCUGCAGUCGUUUGCUACGGAUAGCAGGAACCGUUCGAACCUGCAGGUAUCCCACAUGAUUCGGAUGUGUAUUGGGUUAAUGCAAAGACACGCUAGUGUGUAUGCAGUGCAGCUUCGAGCAUGCCAAUUUCUGCAUCAGAUGGUGCUUGAAGAGGAAUGUAAGGAACGUAUCGGACGUCUGGGUGGACUGCAGGCAGUCUCGAAUGCAUUAUCACGUUUUGCGGAGGAGACGGACCUUGUGGUUACAGCGUUAGAUUUGUUGUUUCUCCUCUGUGUCGAGCUGGGAUGUCACGACGGCCCGGUCCAAUACCUCCCGUACCGUAGUGCUAAAACUACAGUCUUUCAGGAUGUUGUUGCUGCAGUCGUAGAUGUGAUGCGUGUGCUCCACAGCGUUGAGCUGGUGCAAGCUAGUGGUGUUGCUGUCCUCAACAGGUUAGUGCUGUGCUCCCAUGUCUUCUGAAGUUAAUCUAAUCGAAUCUGCCACCUAUCAAACCAACAGUACGGCGGUACAUUCACCAGUAAGGCAAGCCCUAUGCUCGCUCAAUAUUUGGGAUAUCUCUGAGAACGGGUUAUCGGCGGCUGUGACGGAUAAAACUGCAUGUGACUUCGUAGAGCUACUCGACUCCCUACUACGUGAUACCGUCAUAUUUGAAGCGAUACAUCAGAAGAUGUCCGGCAUUGUUUCUCAUCCAUCAGACCAGGGCGUAUCUCGCGCGCGUUUAAAAGCGUUAAAAUGUCAAGUGGAGAGGCUACAGCAAAAGCACGUUGGGAGUGAAGACAGCCGCGCUCGAAUGACGUUUGUUUCGAGCCGAUUGCAGGCUUUAGUUGACGAACUGAGCCGUAAAGCUGUUAUCGAAUCAUUCAACUCGAAAAGGGAGCAGUUAGUUCGUGCAGAUGCGAACAGAAUUGAUUACAACGGUUAUCAUCAAAUUGUGUUCUCAAGUGCAAACCCGACAGUGUCAUCCCACGCAUCGACAUAUUCGGAUGACGGUAGCGGAGACGAGCUCCCGGUAGACUCAGCGGGAAGUAUGAACUAUUUGAACGAGGUGAGCGACGACAACGCUUCUGGUUUGCUGCGUGGUGAACGCACUGGAUACUUCAAUAACUUUCUCCAGCAAUCCCAGGGUCACAGCACGAAUACCUCUACCGGUCGGAUUGGUUCGCUUCCGAUGACCGUCGCUGAGUUGAACAGCACGAACCAUCUAGACACUUCGUGCGAAAUGCCUUAUGGAGUUAAACGUUGCACAAAAGAUCAUUUAACUGCUGUAAACCAAGCAGGAUUCACGGAGCGGGGCCCAGACCCGAUCGUGUUGAAUGGAGACGCAGGAAAAUGGCAAACACUGCACGAUACAAAGUAUCGUGAAGCCGAGCAUAGUCAUAUCGACAUUUCAGAUAAUGAAUUUGAAAAACGGCGAAACGUGUACGAUGUGAGCACUCGCGAAGUGCAAAACGUCCAAUGUUCGUCCCACAAACUAAAUGAGCGGUACCGCAUCGUUUUACACCGCUCAAAGGAGCAGAGCAAACUCUUGGCACUUCAAAACGUGCGCAUUGCCAACUACAGCAACGAGCAGCAGCAAAUACUUCGACGCAUGCGCACUCUUGAGAAUUCGUUAGAUGAAGCAGAGCGAAAUUGUAAGGUGGAGCGUGCACUUCGAUUGGCUGAGACAGUUCAAAGUGAGCAGCUCUCGCUAGCGCUUAACGAUUCGGUUCGUGAAGCCAAAUCCCUUGCAUCUCAACAGUCGAGCGUGGUUCAUGAGCUACAACAAAAUGAUCAUUUGAGAACGGAGUAUAUGCUGCGAACACGCGAAAGUAAGCACAGUUUACAACGAGUGGAAAUCGAGCGGGAUGACGCGCUUCUUCAGAUUGAAAUCCUGAAGCAAGAGAAGAUGGAGAUGUUACAACAACUCGCAGAGUGUCGAGGUGAAGGGCGUGAGUCCCUCUUAAUGCGAGAAGAAGACGUCAAUGUACGACGUCCUGGAAUGUUUGAUGAAUUGACAAAAAUAUCAACGACAAAAACUGGAGCUCAGAAAACGAAUCCUGAGAUAUCGACUUCUCGUAGAAAUUCACUCCCAACCGAAGUGCUGGCUAUUCAUCUGUCAGAAUCGGCAAACCCUCAAUCCAUGUCUUCGCCUCCCCGGUCAGCCAGUGUGUAUCCCAUACACACUCGUAUCAGUAGAGUCAACGGAGAUCUUAACGACGAUCCCAACUCGGUUGAUACUUCAGAGAUACAAAGCUGUUUGGUUUCAGUUUUCGAGUCGCUUGACACGUCGAUUGAAGGAACAAAUGAGGAAGGCAUUCAUGUGUCUACCGUUCGUCGAUUCUUUAUGGAAAGCGGAUUGCUACAGGCUCCAAAUGUCCUCCCUGUUGAUGUCGACGUCGUUUUGGCUGGAGUAUUGGCUCAAGCUCAAUCCAAUCGAAGAAACUCAUUAUCUCGGAAAGACUUCAGCAGUACAUCACAGGAAACAUGGGCGCCACCUACCGGCUGGGCAAAGUUAAAGAAAAGGAAUUCGCCAACAAAAUCCGCAAGUUUUGUCGGCGACGUCAAACGAUUUCGCUUUUUCAGCCAGGAUGCAUUCAACGAGGCCGUGACGUUGGUAGGAAUGCGCAGAUUUCCACGAUUUGAUUUGCUGCAUAUGCUACAAACUGUGGUGGCUUUGUAUUUGAGACCAUAUAUGCGUCAACGACAACCAUCAUUAUCGAUACCAACAAAUCAACUAAGGAGGUCAUCGUCAACAUGCUCAUUGAAUCGAAGAUCCGGUGUCACCGUUGCAUCACCCUCUCAAGUUUGUACUCGAGCCUUGAAAUCCAUUCUGAAUGAACUAGCACUGCACGUGGGUUAUGGAAACGAAAAAAUACAAUCAAGAAGCGCAAGCAUUAAUUCCGGACAAGUACGCUCUCACUCGGACCCUCCCGCAUCAUUGAACCAAUCGUAUAAACGCGAUGACGUAGUCUAUUCGAUGCUAGAGAUGACUGGAAUUCUGAGUCGAGAACAACGUCCACUUGGCACAAUUUGUGAAUUCUACAGCGCACAACACCUUCCCAACGCCACUGCGGCAGCUGCAAUCUCAAUUGUCAAAUCUGAGCUAUUUGGAUUGAGUUUUGAACGCGUGCUUAACUUCGCAAUCGAUUUCGACUUAAUUCCAUCAUUUAUGGAUCGCGUGAGUCUCAAACGUUUGCACACAGAAGUCGCUGGACUACUCAAAUCAUAUUUCGCCCUUCAUGACAAAGAUCCACCGACUGGUGUCGACGCGGAGACACUGAAGAAAGUUGCGUUUGAAAUGAUUCUGGCCCGACUAGCAUUAGAACUUUUCGGCUCUAAGCCUGGCUACGAAACACCGGAACUACAGAUUACAGGACUUCUGCAGUGGUUAGAUAACUCGCCUGGUCGUGAGAAGAUCAUGCGUAAAGCCGAUAUCCCACUCGUUAUCCGCUUUUCUCGACAACUCUAUUCAGUCAAAGCACAGCAAUAACCGCUUCAUUUCAAUUUACUGUUUCUACUUGUACAAAUUACUAGUUUGAAUUUGCAAACUCGCCCCACUCAAUACAAGUUGUUCGAUAGGUACCGUGGCCACCACUAGAAUACUGAUUUCGGGCCGAACAGAAU